AUGAUGGACUACGUAGAACAGCCAAAUAGUAAUCUGAUCUGCUGCAUCUGCCAUGCCCCAUUCACAAAUCCUACGACCGCCCGGACAUGCUUGCAUACAUUCUGUCAUGACUGUAUUGCAGUAGCCGUACAACACUCCCCGCAAUGUCCAAUCGACCGCUCCUCGCUUUCACUUGACGAUCUAUCGCCAGCGAAUCCAAUCGUGAAACAUCUCGUGGAUGAACUUAUCAUCGAAUGCCCUAACCGAGUAUCCGGAUGCAUGCAGACCUUUCAAAGACAACUACUGUCCGCUCACGUCAAGGACACCUGCCAAUAUGUUGAGAUCCCGUGUUCGGAAGAGCAAUGCGACAAGCUCAUCCUUCGGAAGGAUAUUGGUAAGCAUCAAGACGCUUGUGUGUACCGCUCGACGCAGUGCGACGGGUGUGGUGCGACUAUCAAGUACAGCGAUCUUAGUACUCACAACUCGGAGUGUCCUUCCAAGUCUGCAACGUGCAGUUUCUGCUUCGAAGACUUCCCGAGGUCACAGUCACAAGCGCAUGCUGCCACCUGUCUCGACCAUGAAAUUCCAUGCACGCAGGCUAAGAACGGCUGUUGCUGGGCUGGUCCCCGGCGUCAGUUCUUUGAUGAACACGUUCUCUCCUGCCCAUACGAAGCUAUCAAAGGAUUCUUCUCCAUCAACAGCGCUCAACUAUCAUCACUCAACACGGAAAAUGCCGCUCUCAGACAAAAAGUCUACGCACUCGAAUCCGUCGUCCAAGCGAUGCAAAGAGACAUCCAAACCUUCAGAAACGUCCUCGGUCCAUGGUACCGGACACAAAUCCAAGACCACACCCCACCAAUUGCUUCCCCAUCCAUCGACGGCUUCCAUAACCUCUUCUCGGCACCUCCCGGUCCUUCUCCUUCCUCUAGGACCACUGCCAAUCAAGCUCAAUCAUCUUUCUCCGCAGAUCACGGAGAACUUACGGCUCAUAACGACAUCGACGCGCUCGCACCCUACUUCCCACUCCCACACGAACACGCAUUCCAAGAAUCCCAUCAUUAUUUCCGAUCACGCCGAUCGUUCAGCGGGAUCGUAGAUCCGCACUCGUCUCAACGCACACUGCCACUAACGCCUGUUGCACCACUUAAUCUUAGUACUUCCCUCGAGGGUUCGCUGAGUGGCUUACGCGACUCCCUAGCCGCCGUAUCUACAUCUGUCGAUUCCCUAGCACGUCGAAACGACAUCGCACUUACGAAUGAGAGCAUGCGUUUGAAUGAAGAACUCGGUUCUCUCAAAUACGCCGUUCACGGCAUACGACUGCAACUUCACCGCCUGAUGAUGGACAGGAAUGCACAGGUGACAGGGAGAGGUGGAGAACUGCCUUUGGGUCUAUCCGGCAAUCAGACUAUUUUUCACCCUCCAAUAUCGAUGAUGGCACCGCCGUUUCCUGCAACGCCUGGAACGAAGCUCUAA